UUGUACCAAAUUACUCGGAGACCGACUGCACCUAAAUAUAAUCCGUUUCGGGAACAUUUCGCACCAUCACCCAUGGAGAUGUAAACGGCGCUUGAAACCGAAUCUACAACCAUCAAAGACAUUACUUAUGGAGUUUUCCUUGUAUAUAUUCGGGACCAGAGGGUAUUUGAGGAGGAGAGACUUAACUAUGAUUCGUAUUAGAUUUAAAUUCACAGAGAACUGUCUGAGGUGUUACUUUCCAUUCGUCAUUUCAAUCAUUGUGUGCCUCUUCAAGAUAGUUAUAUCAGCAACAAACAAUAUCGAUCACACACUUCGCUAUCAUCUUAUUAUACCUGACAUCAUAGAUGUAGCGCCUAAAUUUGCUAUAAAUAUCUCAUAUAAGAGGAAUGAGUGCCUUCGAAUGGGUUUCAAAGUAGACCCUGCUGGCAUGCAGCAUGUCCCAUGGGUCGAAUGGCCCGUGGAGGCUGGAACUUUCUAUACGCUAUUGAUGAUUGAUCCUGACGUCCCAGUUCGGAAAAAUCCGUCUGCGGCACAAAGGCAGCAUUGGAUUGUUGGAAACAUACCACGCAAUGAUCCCCAUCAUGGCGAAACGAUCACAGAUUACAUAGGCCCUAUUUCGCCGAAAAACUCAGGACUUCACAGGACUACCUUUCUUGUCUAUUCUCAAAAUUCGCGCAUAAACUUCAGAGAGCCAAGAUUAUCUUUACUAGAUAGGUUUAGCAUGAAGAAGAGGUACAAGUUCUCCGCUCGUAAGUUUGCCGAGAAGUAUAACCUGACCCUAUUUGCCGUAAAUUUUUUUCGCACAGGGUGGCCUCUGUACAGUUACGCACCAAAGAGUGGACCAUCAUCUAGAUCUCUAAACAAUCCAAUCAGAGAUAAUUUCGCACCAUCGCCCGAGGUAAUGGAGGUAUGAACAAGACUAGAGUUGACAUCAACUGUCAUUCGAACAAUAUUUUACGAAAAUAUAGACUAAAUCAGGAAUUAGUUUUCGCAUUUACCAGUAACUUAGCAA